GACCCAGGCUGCCCUUCCGGGCUCUAGCCCCUCCCCAGCCCAGGGACCUUUGGAGCCACCAGACUUCAGAUGGAACCUGGGGUCUGGCCAUGUGAGCCCGUCAGGUUAUGGCCUUGAAGACAGGUGACCAGGGGCAGGCUGCAAUGAAUGGGCUGAAGGACAAGGUGCUGACGCUGGACACCAUGAACCAGUGUGUGCGCAAGGUGGAGUAUGCUGUCCGAGGGCCUAUCGUGGUCCGAGCCCUGGAGCUGGAGCAGGAGCUUCGCCAGGGUGCAAAGAAGCCCUUUACAGAGGUCGUCCGCGCCAACAUAGGGGAUGCGCAGGCCAUGGGCCAGAGACCCAUCACAUUCAUGCGCCAGGUCCUGGCUCUCUGUGUCCACCCUGAGCUCCUGAGUAGCCCCCACUUCCCCGAGGAUGCCAAGAGGAGGGCUGAGCGCAUUUUGCAGGCCUGCGGGGGUCACAGUCUGGGGGCUUACAGUGUCAGCUCAGGCAUCCAGCUGGUCCGGGAGGACGUGGCACGGUACAUCGAGCGGCGCGACGGAGGCAUCCCCUCGGACCCCAACAACAUCUUCCUGUCCACAGGGGCGAGCGACGCCAUCGUGACGGUGCUGAAGCUGCUGGUGGCCGGCGAGGGCAGCACGCGCACGGGCGUGCUCAUCCCUAUCCCGCAGUAUCCUCUCUACUCGGCCACACUGGCCGAGCUCGACGCUGUGCAAGUCGACUACUACCUAGACGAGGAGCGCGCCUGGGCGCUGGACGUGGCCGAGCUGCGGCGCGCGCUGCACCAGGCGCGCGCCCGAUGCCGCCCGCGCGCGCUCUGUGUCAUCAACCCGGGUAACCCCACCGGACAGGUUCAGACCCGCGAGUGCGUCGAGGACGUGAUCCGCUUGGCCUUUGAGGAACGCCUCUUCCUGCUGGCUGACGAGGUGUACCAGGACAACGUGUACGCCGAGGGCUCGCGUUUCCACUCGUUCAAGAAGGUGCUGACUGAGAUGGGGCCGCCGUAUUCUACGCAGCAGGAGCUAGCCUCCUUCCACUCCACCUCCAAGGGUUACAUGGGCGAGUGCGGGUUCCGCGGCGGCUACGUGGAGGUGGUGAAUAUGGAUCCCGAGGUGCAGCAGCAGAUGCAGAAGCUGAUGAGCGUGCGGCUGUGCCCGCCUGUGGCUGGCCAAGCCCUGCUGGACAUGGUGGUCAGCCCGCCCGGGCCUUCUGACCCCUCCUUUGCACAGUUCCAGGCGGAGAAGCGGGCGGUGCUGUCCGAGCUGGCGGCCAAGGCCAAGCUCACGGAGCAGAUCUUCAAUGAGGCCCCCGGCAUCCGCUGCAACCCCGUGCAAGGCGCCAUGUACUCCUUCCCUCGCGUGCAGCUGCCCCCGCGUGCUGUGCAGCGGGCGCAGGAGCUGGGCAUGGCCCCGGACAUGUUCUUCUGCAUGCGCCUGCUGGAAGAGACGGGCAUAUGCGUGGUGCCUGGAAGCGGCUUCGGGCAGCGGGAGGGAACCUACCACUUCCGGAUGACCAUUCUGCCCCCCAUGGAGAAAUUGCGCCCCCUGCUGGAGAAGCUGCGCCAGUUCCAUGCCAAGUUCACCCAAGAGUAUGCCUGAGAACCUCUGAGGACACUCAGAACAGGCUGGGCUGGCCGUGCCGCCCUGGCUCACCAUACCUAGGACCCUGGGGGUCUCUGGAGCCCUUCUUGCUACCUGAAGGGCUGGGUCCCUGCCUCUGCUGAAUUCUAAUAAAGCUGCCAGACACCCUGACUCAGGGGACUCCUGGCAGCUUUGUGAGUGG